AAAAGAAGAAAUAGAUUUUUGUAACCUCAAAAUUUAGACAAACAAGUAUAUGUUUUUAUUGGAUAUUUUAAUUUUAAUUGUAAGUAAAAUGUUUGUAACUUAUUUCGUAAUAUAAGCAGUGAAUAUUGUGCAUAUUUUUAUAUCGUUAUGAGUUAUUCGUUAUGCCAAGGGUGCCGAGAGAGUUAAGCAAAUGCAGAAAUUGGGAAAAGGAAAGACGAGAGCGCCUUUCUAAGGCCUUCGAUGAAUUGGCAAAAGUCCUGCCAUCUUACGUACCUUCGUUAAAAAUAUGCAAAAUCGAAAUACUGAAUCAAGCUCUUGCUACUAUUGUGGAAUUGAAGAAAGAAGUGGAAACCCUAUCAUCAGCUGAUAAAACCAAAUCAUUCAAAGACGAUCAAGUAAAGAAACUGCAAGACAGAAUCAAAAAGCUCAUCUUAAGGAAUGAACAAUUGACCAGUUUAUUCAGAGAAGCGGGCAUUACCCUACCUAAAGUCGUGGGCCCCAUAAAAAAGUUCCGCAAGCCCGGCUUGUGGAGCAACAGGUUCCCCCGCAAUGCCGAAGCCACACGUACAAACGACACGGAAAAAGAGAACGUCUCAUCGAAUGGCGUACGAUCGAAGCCUAAAUUAGCCGGAGCGAGUCCUGUGAAAUGCCGGAAGAUCAAAAAGAACGGGAAAAAUGGAGCCGGGGGUUCGAAGAACAAUGUACUGCUAUUGUCUCAAAUACCGGCCGUACCGGCAAUCAACCGGCAGCUGGUUCUCGUUCCAAACGCCCCCUUGAACAACGUCCAACAAGCUCCGGCUGUUUUAACGGGUUCUUCCAAGAAACAAGCAAAAUCAUCCAAGGUAAAACCAACGAAUUCCACGCAGACUUGUUUAACCCCGGGCACCUUGAUUUUGCAAAAUGCCAACGUCAUAUCGCUGGUGCCCCAGCCCCAAUUAGUGAUACCCCAAUUGCCGUCCCAAACCAUAGUCAUCUCUAAGGUAAUCACCAAACCGAAAUCGUUGGUAACAUUGCGCAAAAACCUGCCCAUUCGACCGUCGAAUUGCGUCACGAAAACCACCCAAAUCAUCAAAGUUCCCAUUCCGGCCCUUACUUCCAAUUACGCCAACGCCUCCGUGUUGUUGAAAAGCGCCCAAAAGAAGAGCAACAGCGCCAAAAAAGCUACAGUUAGGGCAUCGAAAAGGAAAAGCUCCAGCGCGAAACAUGCCGAAGCUAAGAAACCUGAACCGGAAACUCGAGAUGAGUCGAAUAAAACAGACGAUCAAUCGAAGGAAACGCAACAAAAAGAUUCCACAGACCCUCAGAAUACAGCUACAGAUACACCCGAUACGAAUCCUGAGAUUGAAAUGAACCUGACCGGUAGCGCAGAGAAAUUAAUAUCAAUCGAAAGUAGCAUCGAAACCGCGGCAGUACCAGACAAUGAAACUCCCGCUAGCAAUACAGACAACAACUGGCUACCUGAUAAGCAACAAGACCUAACUGCCCCUUCAGUCGAAGCGCCACAGCCCACUUCCAAAACCGAAGAUGUUCCAAUCAAAUCACCCGACGCCAAAGCUACCAAAACCGUAGAAACGACGGCCAUCGAGGAUCCGAUGAAGAACAUCGACUUAAUCCAUUCGGAUCUAUCCAACGACUUGUUCGCCUCGUUGCAAGUGCCGCCCGGUUGCCAGAACGCCGAGUCCACCUCGCCCACUGCGGCCUUUCUGCUCGCCUUUCCCUUGGUCUCUUCGAUCAAAGUCACGGAGGUCAUCGACGAGGAGAACUCGGACAGCCAACGGGAAACGCCGACUCUAUUGCAAAUCGGCGGCAUGGAUUCCUCCAAGCCCAACGACGGCCUGCUUAACUUGGACAACUUUCCGUUUUUCAAUUCGAACGGCUAUUACAAUUCCAAAUCGAACGCCAACAAGAACUCGAAGCUCGACGGUGAAGCUUUCAGUAUGUAUUCGGAGAGCGAUAGAGGGUUGGAGUUGUUUCCUAAAACUCAAAUGAAAACCGCCGGUAAAUCGAGCGGAAAAUCCAACGAGAAUCACAUAGAUAAGAUGCUCAGCAACAUAGAGAACAACGAGGUGUUGUUCCAGCAAAACGCGCCUAAUAACAACAAAUUAGUAGCAAGUAAACUAACUCACGUCGUUUCCGAUAAAAUGGACAGUUCGUGCAACGUUUUGUCUGUGAUGAACAUACCGCAAGAACACGAACAAUCUACUGCGAGUAAAUUCAAUUCGUCGGAAAAUAUUCUCUACAAAAACGUGCAGGUAUCCAAGCAAUUGGAUAACAGUUUAAACAAAAUGCACAUGUUCACGUUUAACACAGAAAAAGAUACAACGCAGAAGCUCAAUUCGGAUGUAUCUUGCCAUACGUUUGCGGCGAAUCAAUCAUCGAGUCGAGCGAAGACGUCCGACGUCGCGAACACGUAUUUCAAUCCGCUGUUCGAGUCGUUGAAAACGUGCAAAAGCUCCGCGAAAAUCCCCGACAAAGACGCCGAAUGCCUCAAGGACGACGGCUCGAAGGACGUCUGCUCGAAGUCGCCCUGUUAUUUCUCUUCGAAUUUCCCGGCGGCCUCGUGCGCGUCCAACUACAAAGCGGAUUUCUCGAAACAGUGCACCUACGAAAGCCAGAGAAACUACCCGACGCCGUUCUACACGAAUUGCAAUUACUCGUACAAUUAUCCGGACGCGAACGCUCAGAAUUACUACAAGCCCGACGCGAAGCAGCCGUGCUACUCGUUGAACUACGAAAACUAUCAGGAAUACAGGAAAACCGACGCGGUGGCGAGUUUCUCCAACAAUUUCCCGAACGCCACGAGGAAAGGAAGCGCCGGCUCGAAGGACAAGAGUAAAACAGUUAACUGGAUGACCGAGCAAAAGACUCAAACCUCCGACGCUUUUCUACCGUCAUUCACGAACCAAUCGUACUCUUUUACCGACACUCCCGAUGUUAACAAUCUAUUGGACUCCAAAAAAACGGAUUUCAUCGACAAGAGGCUGUCAUUGCCGAGCUUCCUCGAACCUCACAACUUCAUAACGCCCACCUUACCCACCCUUGUAGGCGACCUGGCCCUGGGCAACACUCUAACCACAAACGACUACAAAUGCGCCAAGGAGACCAAGAGGAAGAUCGGCUACGACAAUCAGGCCAACUUCCUGUCGGUCAGCCAGCUCGUCAGCCACAAUAAGCCGGACAACGCGGCGGUGAAAGCCCCGGCGCGCCGGCUGAGCGCCGCCAAACCGGCGAAGCCGAAGAGGUACGACAAGAGCAUGGAGAAGAAACACGGCAAUAAUUUCGAUAUGUUCUACGAUCAGAAGUCGAGGCACGGUCACAACAAGAACCAGUUGAGCAGUUACUCCGCCGAGGCGCUCAUCGGUACGCAGGAAACCAAAAAGUGCGAUGGCGCUGCCAAAACGUCGCUAGCCGAUAAUAUUGUGCCGUAUUUCACCACGAUCGAUGACGGUUACGCUAAUCAAAACCAGAAUUUCCACAACAGCUACGGGCACAAUUCGUUCCAGAACAACAACUACCCGAGCAACAAUUUCAUUUACACGACGCCCUCGAUAAGCACCGGUUAUCUAUCCAACAACUUCGAGGCCAAUUCGCACGACUACUCCGACAAUUCGAUCAAUUACAACAAAACCUACAACAAGAAUUACCGGACGAACAGCAAGGAGGAUAAAAAUGGCGGUUAUUCGAGCGUCAACGCUAAGAGGAGCAAGAAAUCGAAUCAGGGCAAUUUCGAUUAUCCGCUGUUGCCUAUCCAAGGCGCGACUAAUUCACCGGCGCUCGCCGAUGACUAUCAGUUCCUGCCGCCUCCGGCGGCUCCUUAUUCCUGCAAGAAUCCGUCGUUGUACCAGAAGCAGAACAACGAUUUCAAUUUAGCGGCGGUGAAUGGCGGCGCGCUGUUGCCGCUGCCGGGGAUUUCCCGGGGGAAUAUCCAGCAUCCGCAGAUUUCGCCGUCGUCGAACACCGCCGGGACGUCGCUGACCAAUUUUAACCUGAGUACGAUAUUCCCUGAAAUUAAUAAGGGUUCUUUCAACGCCGACAUUAAAACCGCCGAUAUGCAUCGAAAAACCGACCGCCCGCCAGAAGAAACCGGCAAAAAAUACAAAAUAAUCCUAUCGGGCAUUGUGAUACACGCCCUACUACUGCUAGCAGUCUUCGAAGUUUAUUUCUCCAGUCCAUUAGAACACGGAAUGCAGCCCGUCAAAAGCACUACUAAUCCCCCGGCCAAACGAUUAAUCCUAUUCGUAGCCGACGGUUUACGAGCCCAAGCCAUGUUCGAAGACCCCAACCUCGAUCGAACACCCUUUCUCACUCACAUAAAACAAAACAAAGGCAGCUGGGGCGUCAGCCACACUAGAGUACCCACGGAAUCGAGGCCGGGCCACGUGGCCAUCUUAGCUGGAAUCUACGAGGACCCCAGCGCCAUUUUGAAAGGCUGGAAAUCCAACCCCGUCGACUUCGAUUCGAUCAUCAAUCAAAGCGCCAACGCCUUCGCCUGGGGAAGUCCCGAUAUUUUGAACAUUUUCGACACGAACAACUCCUCGUCGGUGCACUUGCACUCGUACGAUUCGAGCGUGGAGGAUUUCGCCAAGCUCGAUACAGGCGAAUUGGAUUCGUGGGUGUUCGAUAGAGCAGAAACAUUCCUAAAGCAAACUGUUAGUGAAUGUAAAAAAGAUUGCGAACAGUAUUAUGCCAGCGGUAACGUGUAUUUCUUGCAUUUGCUGGGUAUCGAUACGGCCGGGCAUGGUUACAAACCCCAUUCGAGUCAAUACGAGGAUAACAUAAAGCUAGUCGAUAGCCGCAUCGAAACCAUCACUAAAUUAUUUAAUACCGUUUACAACGAGAGCGAAAAUGUGUUUGUUUUCACCGCCGAUCACGGAAUGACAGAUUGGGGUUCGCACGGAACGGGAACCGAUCACGAAACGCAAACUCCUCUCAUAGCAUGGGGCGCCGGCGUACGCAGGAAUAACACGCGACAGGACGUCAAGCAAAUCGAUUUGGCCCCUUUAUUAGCGUCUCUAAUCGGUAUAAACAUUCCGGUGAACUCUUUGGGCCGGUUACCCGUAGGUUACUUGGCUGUUGACCCGAUCGAAAUGGUGCUGUCGAACGUAGAAGAAUUGCUGAGGAUAUUCGAGAAGAAAUCGAAGAGGAUCGAACGAAACGCGUUGGUUUUCGUACCGUUCGGAAUCGAUAUCUUGAGAGUAAUGAGGGAGAAAAAGGAAAUUGUAAUAGAGGAGUUUGAUGAGAUCGGUCGGUUGAUAAUCGAAGGAAUCGAUUACUAUCAAAACUAUUACAAAUAUCCCGUAUUGGUUAGCGUGAGUUUGGGAUUCGUAAUGUGGAUAGUUUAUUUAUGUUUGUGUACCUUCGGGCUCCUAUCGUACAGUAAUAGCGGUAAAUCUACUGCUAUUUAUAUAUUUGUUACCGCUUUGAUUGUAAUCGUGUGUUUUAAAACCGAUCUACCAUUAUCGAGUUAUUUGUAUUUCAAUUUUCCUGUUACUGCUUAUUACUCGUUUUUGAGUAACGGAGAUUUCGGGAAAAUCCUCCCCAAAUCCCCCGUGAUAUUCCUCAGAAUUAUUUUUUAUUUACUAGGCAUCGAAAUACUCGUGUACGGGUUCUUCCACAGGGUUUCGUUCAGCUUCAUCAUGCUUAUACUGGGCGUAGUUCUGUUAAAACACGACGAAAUUAAUGCGAUGGAUAAAUUUAAUUGGUUAAUUAGUUGCGGGAUUUUAUCGAUUUUUCCUUGUUUACCCGUUAUGAAAACUAAUUUUAAUCUACUCGUGUACCUUAUGGGGUAUUUGAGCUACGCUAUGAUGUUUAUUAAAUUGCAUUUACGCGAUUUGAGAUUUUACGAGAGCUACAAACACGUUAAAUUGCAAUAUAGCGUGUUGUACGCGCAAUUUUUCUUUCUACAUUCGGCUGUAAUUUACGUUUUAUUAAUCGAAUUCGGUUACAUUCCAUCGGAUUCGAACAUCAAGUAUUUAUCUUGGAUUAUUUCUAUUGUACCAGUAUUAUUGAUACCGUUUACUGAUAAUUUCGUUAUGUUGAGAUUAGCGAGUAUAGUGUACGGUUUCGCGCCGUUUUACGCGCUAGUUUCCUCCAAUUUCGAGCUGUUAUUCUCUUCGUUCUACGUUAUUUUGCUCUAUAAUUGGUUGGUAAUAGAGUCGAAAUGCGCGAAUAACUCGCACAAAAUGGUGUAUUACGGGAAAUUCUCGGCGGCGGCGCUGCCGCUCCGCGACCGCCGCUCCACCGCUCUGCGACCGCUCAUCAGCCGCUCGCCUAUCGCACCUUCACCGGUCGACGGGGAGGCCUUUCGGCGGGGUUUUAUGUUCGUGGCGUUGAUUUUCGUGGGGUUUUUCGGCACCGGUACUAUAGCCAGUUUAAACAGCUUCGAUCCCAUGUGGACCAGGGCGUUUCUGACGGUAUUCUCCCCCUUCAAGAUGGCCGGGUUGAUUCUGUUGAAGUUCAUCGUGCCGUUCGUGUUCGCAUGCGGCGUUUUUAGGGGCAUUAACGAGGCGGUUAAGGGGCGGAUUUUGAAUAUGUUUUGCGUGAUUUUGGUGUUUUCCGAUUUGAUGGUGUUGCAGUUUUUGUAUUUGAUCGAUAAUAAGGGGUCGUGGUUGGAUAUCGGUACGAGUUUGUCGCAUUUCGUGAUCGUGGAGGGUUUCACGGUGGUGUUGAUGUUGCUUUAUGGGGUGGCUGCGUGUCUGACGGGUGUGAGGUAUGGUUUAAGAAGGAGGGUUUGGGGUGAUUGA